AUGCCUAAAGCCUCUUCAGACGAGCGAAUUCCCGAGGAGCCGCCCUCAGUGGAGGAGGACCUCUACAAGAUCCUAGGCGUCGAGUCAGCCGCAACCCCAGAAGCAAUCAAAUCCGCCUACAAGAAGAGCGCAUUAAGGCAUCAUCCUGACAAGGUCAGCGAAGAUGCCCGUGACGCAGCGCACACAAAAUUCCAACAAAUCGCCCUAGCCUACGCUGUCCUCUCAGACCCACGCCGACGCAAAAUCUACGACCGAACCGGAAACACCGAAGAAGUUCUUGGAGAAGAUGGCGACUUCGACUGGAUGGAGUUCUACCGCGAACAGCUCUCCGCAAUGCUAGACACAAAGGCCAUUUCCGACUUCCAGAGAAAAUAUCAGAACUCCGACGAGGAAAAGCGCGAUUUAUUGGAGACUUAUGAGAAGCACCAGGGUGAUCUGGACAAGAUUUAUGAAUCGGUUAUGCUUUCCAAUGUUCUCGAUGACGAUGAGCGUUUCCGGGCUAUCAUCGACCAGGCUAUUGCGGAUGAGGAGGUUGAGGAUUACAAGAAGUACUCACAGGAACCCGAGAAGAAGCGAGAGCAGCGGAAGAAGCGUGCGUUGAAGGAGGCCAAGGAGGCCGAGAAGCUUGGGAAGGAGGUUGAGGAGAAAAAGAAGAAGAAGACUGCUGCUGCUUCUAGAUCGAAGGGUCCUGGAGGUGGUGAGGAUGAUUUGCUGGCUAUGAUCACUAAGCGGCAGCAGCAGAGGGGCCAGGGCUUCUUGGCGCAGUUGGAGGAGAAGUAUGGCCAGCCUAAUGGAAAGAAGCGUGGCCCUGCUGAUGAGCCUUCUGAGGAGGCCUUUGCUGCGGUUGGGGCGAGGAAGAAGUCUAAGGAUGCGAAGCCCAAGUCUAAGAAGUCUAAGGUGUAG